UCUCCUCUCUCUCUUCGAUUAUCCCCUCCACCUCUCCUUCUCUCCUCCUCUCCUCCUCCCUCUCUUCCUGUUUUAAAUCAGAGGAUUACUUACUGUGCUGUAUUCUGUCUGGCUGCUCUCCUAUGAACCCUCAGCUGUUUGAGGACCUGAUUGAGGACCAUGGGCCUGCUGAACAUGUUCUCUUCUAUCAGAGAGCGAGCAGAGAAGUUCUUGAAUGAGAAGAACACGUUGACAGACUUUCUGGGGAAAUUGGAGGAGAAGACUGGGAUAAAGAAGAAGCUCCUGGCAGCAGGUGCCGUCUCGCUGACUGGACUCUAUCUGAUGUACGGAUAUGGAGCCUCACUCGUCUGCAACCUGAUUGGUUUUGUCUAUCCAGCUUAUUUUUCAAUCAAAGCCAUCGAAAGUCCGAGCAAAGAAGACGACACAAAAUGGCUGACGUACUGGGUGGUGUACGGCGUUUUCAGCCUGGGCGAGUUCUUCUCCGAUAUUUUCCUCUACUGGUUUCCAUUCUACUACGCAUUUAAGUGUCUCUUCCUGUUGUGGUGCAUGGCCCCGAUGGCGUGGAACGGCUCCCAGGUCAUCUACGACAGGGUGGUGCGUCCCGUCUUCCUCCGCCACGAGGCCACGGUGGACAACAUGGUGAGCGACCUCAGCGGGAAGGCCAUGAACGCUGCUGAGAACCUCACCAGAGAAGUCCUGUCCUCUCUGGUGAAGAACAAAGCUCUGGUGACUCCGCUGCCGCCGGUCACUCAGGCUGAAGCUAUAAGUUUACCGAGCUCAUCGAUGGAAACAUCAGCAACUAGAAGAGCUACGUCUCAGCCGAGUGAAGAACGACCCCCUUUCCUGGGUUAACAGCCCGGAUGAAGUCUGUGUUGACUGACGUUCUUCAUGUAGCAGCAGAGGAAGAGGAGGAGACUGAGUGAUGAAGAAUCAACGUCCUGAUGAAGAAAAACUCUUUCUAUAUCAAGUCCCUGUGUUUAUGGAUCAGACUCAAAACACCUGCAAAUGUGAACAUCACAGUGUGUGUGUGUGUGUUUGUGUGUGUUGCGUCUGCGUUGGGUGUAUGAGAGUGACAGAGGUUAUUAUUUCUGUUUAUUUAUUAUUUGUUCAAAACAAACAUGAGAUAAUGAUCGACUGAUGUAUAAGAAAUAAAAUCCUUCAUCACAUUAAAACACGAGGACGUGACUCAUCGCUGCUUCAUGAGAACAACACGUCAACAUUCCACUAUGUUGACGUUAGCAUGCUAAGGUGAUAUUAGCAUGUUCAUAGUGACAUAUGAUGUUUGACAUGUUCAUCUCGAUCCACAUCAAAUCAGUUUUAUCUGAGGAAACAGUUUGGUUGUUUUAUUUUAUUGUUUCUUACUUUAUCUAAUAAAAAACUAUAAGCUUAACACGA